CAGUAUAUUUAAUGUAUAAUUGGCGUUGCAAAUAUACAUAAAUUUACAGUCAUUUACAUGUAUGAUACACGUAAUGUAUAAAACAACGCCUUUCGUACAUUUACCCACCAGUGCAGUUAGCGGUUCAUUGAAAAAGCUACAGUGAGGAGCGACUUAAGCUGCUUGGAAUAAAGCCGCGCGUAUCACCUCUAUAGUGCAUGAACAGAGAAGAUGAGGAGAGAGGGAAGUGGAUGCCAGCUGGAGGGGAUGCGAGCGCGACUCUGAAAAGUUGCAGUACACCGAUUGCGGAGAACGAGCGAAAGAGAUGGUCUUUCGGCUAGUCUCAUAACUCGGGUUAACGCAACGCCGAAGCGGUAUGCGUUUCACUUUCCGAUGAACUAAAAAAGUUAUUUUUUCGUUUAACGCUGUGAUAUUUUUAUAUUUUUAAUAUUAUUUAUUCAGAACCUCAUGCUCAUCACCGAAAAACAAUUCGUAACCGUUUUUCAGUUAUAGUAAAUGUUGCAACUAACAGUAUUGUGCUAAAAUAGUUUUAACAAAUUGCAGUAUUAAAAAAUAAAUCAGUAAAGUGUUUUAAAAGCAACGUAGUUUUAUGUUACUAUGAACUGAUUGCAAAAUACCAGACGGGUUUGGUAAAGUAAAUACCAGUGAUUUUUUGUUCCUGUAAACAAUAACACCAAAAAGAUGAUAUCACAAGAUAAAGAAGAUGUGCAAAGGCAAAGCGCGGGAACGUUAUACGCUAGGAUGAUUACGCGGAGCGUAAAAUUGCAAGUACAUUCUCCUUUAAUUGCUGCGUCCUCGACAGACAUACACGAGUGUAAAGCACAUCGGCCAUGGCUUCUAAAGAUGGGACAAUAAGUACGCACUUAUGAUUGCGGCACCGAUGCGACCUUUCAUCUCUAGGAAGAGCAAUGGCAUUAAGAUGCCUGCAAAUAUUACUGGAAAUGGAAAAACAGAACUGACGCAUCCGGUGUCGAAGCUCAGAGCUGCCUUACCACAGUUUUUCGCUGUUGGUGCGAAAAACCUUCUGCUACUAACCUUCGGCUCGAGCCUUGGCUUUCCAACGAUUCUUAUCCCUGAGCUGCAAAAGACUAACCCGGCAGUUCCAGUUACCCUUGAUGAAGUGACAUGGAUCGGUAGCAUCAAUCUUUUCCUUGUACCACUUGGUGGUUUUGUAAGUGGCCCAGUAUCGCAGAGGCUGGGUCGUAGAAGAACUAUGAUGCUCUCGACAGUGCCGUUUGUCGUGGCCUGGUUGAUCUUUCACUACGCUAAGAAUGCCGACAUGUUAUUCAUCGCCCAGGCUCUGACUGGCCUUACUGGCGGCCUGCUUGAGGCUCCGGUUUUAACAUACGUCGCUGAAGUCACGCAGCCUCAUCUCCGUGGUUUGCUAUCGGCCACCUCAACCAUGGCCGUAAUCUGUGGUGUGUUUACGCAGAUGCUGACGGGUAGCUUGGUUGGCUGGCGAACCGUCGCUCUCAUCAAUCUCGUCUAUCCUGUCCUGUGCUUCACCUCGCUUUACCUGGUGCCGGAAAGUCCAACGUGGCUUGCAGACAAAGGUCGGUUUAACGAAGCAGAAAAGGCAUUGUGCUGGCUACGUGGUUGGGUGUCCCCGGACCACGUGAAGGACGAGUUCCGUGAUCUUCGUGAGGCUUUCCAAAAACCUGUAAAUGUUACGACAAUCAACUCUAUCAUCCUAGAAGCUAACAGUCCUGCGAAGCAGCCGCCAAAGAAAUCCUGGCAGUCAUACUUGGAGAGGACCUUUUAUCUACCCUUUGCUCUCGUUACAUUGGCUUUCUUCAUCAAUGCGUUUGGUGGAAUUAUGGUGCUUCAAGUCUAUGCUGUUAUCAUCCUCGAUGAACUGAAGACACCGAUUGACAAAUAUAAAGCAACAGUAAUAGUCGGAAUAGCUCAGGUGGUUGGUACGAUCAUCUGUGUAUUUAUAAUCCACUUCACGGGCAAGCGCAAGCUAUCUUUUUUCUCAGUGUUCAGCACGGGCCUUUCUCUUUUAUUGAUCUCCGUCUAUGGUUACUUGAUAAUGCAUGGCCAAAUCGACGGAGAGAAGUAUACUUGGAUACCAACCAGCUUGAUGGUAGCAGCAGCCUUCUUUUCUCACGUUGGCCUUAAGACGCUGCCCUGGAUUCUAGCUGGUGAGGUGUUUCCUCCAGAAGUUCGCAGCGUAGCCACGGGUUCAGCCGGUUCCAUUGGUUACAUCUUUUCCUCCAUCGCCAACAAGUUGUUCCUCUACAUGAAGUAUGGCAUGACGCUGCCCGGCACCUUCCUUUUCUACGCUUCCAUGAAUUUCGUCGGAGUAGUGGGCUUGUACUUCAUGUUACCGGAGACUGAGGGCAGAACACUAAAAGAGAUCGAGGAGCACUUUGCGGGCGUUCAAAGACUAGAAGAUAGGCCGAAGAAAGCGAACAUAGUUUUUAAAGAGAAAUGGGCUGUUGCUAAUCCUCAGCCAGUUAGAGAUGACCUUGAGAGCAGAUUGUAAAGAGCUAACGUGUGUAGGCUAUUAGCUCCUCUUAUUUCUUCUCCUGCUUUCUGGAGUGGCAUACCCAAGAGGUUUGCUUAGAAAAGCUGUGGAAUGUCCGGUAUUCAUAAACGGUUGAAUAGGGAUUGUUGUUACAAGCUUUGAAAUAUGAGUGGACAACCGUUGUGCGAAUUGUGCAGCUAUUGGAGUUUUGUUUGAAUUAAUUAACAAUGAAUGCAAUGAGUGUGUUAUUUCGACUCUUCUAUUGACUUUUUCGAUUUCUUAUCAACGAGUCGAAAACGUUUUUUGUAUAUUCACAAAUCAAUACUGUAUCUUUUGUAUUAUAACUUUGUAUAUUUUUGACGCUUAUUAUUUAUAAUCACAAAAAUUUUAUAUCUAAAAACGAAUAAGUAUUAAUAUAUUUUUCAAUUAAAAAAAGGUCGUCAUUGAUUAAUCAUCAAUUUUAUCACGUCAUCAACCUACAUCUUAUUUAAAAUAUGUAUAUUAUCAAUUAUAAAGUUUAAACGUUAUACACGCAAAUACUCGCAAAAAUGCUGAUAAGCAAAUAUAAACGUACAAAAGUGUAUAUAAAUGGUCAUUAUUUUCUAACACAA